CUUUUAUCCAAGACUGAAGGACCAAGUUUACUUCCUUGGAUCUACGUAUUUUCAUGGUCAACAAGCAAGUGGUGAUUUGUUUUUCUUUACAGUUACAUCAAGGUCUUCUCACAGAGAUGGGAAAGAAUAUGGCCUUACUAAUGGAAUUUUUUAUGCUCUACAGUUUCCACAGUUGCUGGUCGUGCAUAGCUCAAUGGCACGCCGAUUGUCUCUGUGCAUGUGAAAAAGAUGACACAGGGUAUUUCAGAUCCAAGCCGUCCAUGGCCAGAACAGGCCUGUUUAUCCUGUGAUAUAACACACAACGCUGUGCUUCCCUCUGAGUGCCUCAUUUGUGGUAGGCUGCCGUUAUGGUGGGAAGGGGCAACCACAAAUAUACUUUCACAAAUGAUGUUGAAAUUGGUCAUCGCCUUGUAUCCACCCAGUUUCACUUCUGUGAAGCAUGAUGUUUGUUUGCCUCUGCAGCAAAGCAUUGAUUACCUCAUCCGUGAUUAGAUUUGAUUUUAUUUGCUGAUCAUUUUCUUAGACAAUAGCAUCAUGAAUCGUGUUUUAAACUGAGCCUCAGCAGCUCUGAGUGAAAUUUCUCUCGAUCUCAUUAUAAAGGUCUUCAAACAAACUAACUAAAGGACAGACAGAGUUUAGCUUCAAUGAGAGCCGCAUAAAAGAGUUUUUAUGGUGGAUUUGUGUAAGUUUGUUCUUUUGUGACUUUGUAAAGGUUCAUUCAUAUGCUAACUGUGCCUCACCCCCACAGAUAGGGUUGACCCUGCAUGUAGGAACACACAGUGACGGUACAACCACAGUGUAUUUGUUCUGUGGUAAUAGGCUGAGCCAAGCCUUCAGCAGCAGGGUCUUGUCUGGGAGAAAUAUUGAAAAUCGAACCAUCCCAAAAGGGAAAUAGCACAGCUUUUGUCCCGGGCCUCAUUUCAACAUCACACACAGUCGUCCAUCAGCAGCAAAGUGCUCUCCUGAUAGUUAUAAAACUCAGCAACCUUUUGACCUUUUAGGAUAGGGCCAGUGUCCUGAGUGCCAGGCCAGCAGACCGGCCUUUUGUUUUUGUCUACGGCCCACUACCCAGGGUGCUUUGGGGCAAGGACAAAGGGGCAUUAGGUGAACAAAGAGAAGCGUGGUGGGCGGCAAAAACAGAGAGAGGGAAGGAAACGAAGAAAACAAAGCGCAUGGGCAGUAAUUACACAACAACAGAGGGAACCUAAAACCUCUGGAAACAAUAUGAGGGGGCGAGAACAAGAGGGUAGGAGAGAAACCAAAGAAAAAGAGAGGUGAUGGUAUGCGUGAUAUCACAGGUUUGGGUUGUAUUACUGCUAAUUAGAAUUACAGAUAAUUAGAAAUAUUUGUGUUUGUGCGUGUGAGACUGAGCCACACACACGUCCUCCAAACUUCUAGCCAAUCACAUGAAUGUACUUGUGUAGCUCUAUACACCUGCUGUUCUAACAGUCUGCCAUACAUACACACACAUUUUACAUACAUGCACAGGCUGCAGGGUUUUAGGGAUCAGGGGCAGCUGCCAGUCAUUGCUCCUAUUGGCCAGUUUAGCUAAAUGACAGAGGGGCUGGACAAGGUGGGGGGGGUGUGCAUGUGUGCGAGUAUCAGGGUGUCUGUUUACAAAACACCCACAGGCCUGCACCUCUCCUGUCAUGUAGGUGAUCUGUCUCUCUCUACCUCGCGUUCGCUGCACAUCAUCCCUGUCAUUUUUCUCAAUUGUUGCCGUCGGGUGGAAUUAGAAGUUGGGAUUUAAAUAUUUGUCCAAAGAGUCAGCUCUAAAGGAAAUAAGAUGGAGGUGAUGCAGGUGGUGAGGGAACAGAUCACCAGGACAUUGUCCAGUAAGCCGACCUCCCUGGAGCUCUUCAAGAACAAAGUUAACGCUCUCAACUACAGCGAGAUCCUCAAGCUACGGCAGACAGAACGACUGCACCAAGAAGAGACCCUUGCUCCACCCGUACUUGAACUUAAAGAGCGCCUGAAGCCAGAGCUGCUAGAGUUGAUCCGCCAGCAGAGACUCAAUAGACUGUGUCAAGGAACAAUGUUCAGAAAGAUUAGCAGCCGACGCAGACAGGAUAAACUGUGGUACUGCCGCUUGUCGCCCAAUCACAAAAUGCUUCACUAUGGUGACGUAGAGGAAGACAUGGACAAUCCACCAAUCGAAACACUGCAAGAUAAGAUUCCUGUAGCAGAUAUCAAAGGUUUGCUGACAGGAAAAGACUGCCCUCACAUGAAGGAGAACAAAGGAAAACAGAACAAGGAGGUGCUGGACCUGGCAUUUAGCAUUACAUAUGAUGUAGAAGAGUACAGCCUGAACUUCAUCGCCCCCUCCAGAACUGACUUCUGCUUGUGGACAGAUGGACUCAGCGUCCUCCUGGGCCGGGAGAUGAGUAGUGAAUCCAUGCGCAGUGAGCUGGAGAUCCUCCUUUCUAUGGAGAUCAAGCUCCGCCUCCUGGACCUCGAGAACGUCCCGAUCCCUGACUGCGCGCCGGUCGUACCCAAACCACCGAGCAACUACAACUUCUGCUACGACUUCAGCCAGACCGAGCAGUAGAGUGUAUGCAUUGGCUGGAUGUAUGAAUGUGUAAAUAUAUAUGUGUGUGAGAGCAUGUUUGUGUGUGUGUGUGUGUGUGGACGUCUGAGAUAAUAGGAGUGUGUGUGGUGAGAGCUGACCUGUGCAUCCAUGCACUUAUAACUAUAAUGCAGAUUUAUAGCCUUGACAUUUCUUCUUCUGUGGUCUUCGACAUCCAAGUGAAACAACGAACAGGAGAAAAGUGACUUUGUCCUUAAACUACAACGUGGAUGUGCACUGAUACGGACUGUAUUAAUGCCGCACAUUAUCACUGCUCAUCUUGGAGAGAUUUAUUUUUUCAGUCCGUCUCUCUCUAUUCAUGAUUCUUCCUCCUCCUCCUCCUCAGCUGUCUGAAAGCUUUAACACAGCUCCAAAAACCGAGAUUUAGAAAAAUAAGAUUCUUCAUAUGCAUUACAGCCACUCAAGUAACGGUACUUUAAUUUUGUUUUGUAAUCAUUUUAUAUUUCUAAAUAUAUCUAAAACUAUGUAUGAAACAUGGAAUUUUCCUGUGCUACCGGUUGAUCUUUGUCUCAAGAUGCUGGUUGUUUUGGUUUUUAAAAAUGGGCAUUAACUAGAAAAGAGCUUUCUCAAGAUGUGGUACAUGGUUUCCAACAUAUUAAACAUACAUACAGUAUGCUUAGUGUUGGAUAAUAGUUGCCUUUGUGCGGCCCUUAGUGGCUCUGGAUGAUGCUCUGAAAACUCUGUACCACUUUUAUGUUUUAUAGUGAUGCAGGUCUGCAUUAGGUGCCAAACUUUUAUUCAACCAGCAAUCAUCCCAGUAAAUCUGCAUGAAACAAUCAGUGGUCUUUUUUCUGAUCUGUCAUGUAUCCUGAAUGAAUUCUGAAACUGAUCAAUUUUAUACACGGUACUUUAUAAUACUAUGAUGGAGGCCACAAGCUCAGUCACAGUGUGCUACACUCACUCAUUCACCAAGUACUCGGUGGUUGUGGCGUGACACUCAAGAAGUGACGCGUCUACAGUGUAUCACACGUUGUCUUGACACGCAACCCUCUGUGAGAACGUUCACUUUGAAUCACGUGCUUUGGGUGAUUUCACACGAAUAAACUGUUUGAUUUAUAUAGAGAAAAA